GUCAAGCCGCCACCGCGCCGGCCCCCGCGGUACGGGUUGCGCCAUCCUCCUCGGAGCCCGGCACAGAAACUUGUUACAACAAACAGGCGACCGCGGGUGCCCCUAGCAGCCAGCGACGGAGUGGGUGGGCGGGCGAGAGGGAGGGGAAGGCUGGCGGACGCCGCAGCGAACUGGUGGGCAGACCCGGAGUCGCCGCGUAAGCGGGGCCGGCUCAGUGCGGUGCGGCAGGCGCGGCUGUGCGGCAGCGGAAGUCCUUUGUUGCAGCACAGUCCCUGGCAGAGCCAGAGCCUCUCCGCGCAACCCAGCCCGAGCACCGCGCGCCGCCGCCACUGCAGCUCGCAGCCCCUUCUACUGCGCCCGCUUUCCCGCGGUUGAUUUGCCUUAAACUCCCUAAAAUCUCCGCAGCCCUGGUUCCUGCUGCGAACGGUCUCUAAUUAUAGAAGAUGGCAAAGCCCAGCCACAGCAGCUACGUCCUUCAGCAGCUAAACAACCAAAGAGAAUGGGGUUUUCUCUGUGACUGUUGUAUCGCAAUUGAUGACAUUUACUUUCAAGCACACAAAGCAGUUCUAGCUGCCUGCAGCUCCUAUUUUAGAAUGUUUUUCAUGAACCAUCAGCAUAGUACUGCACAACUGAAUCUAAGCAACAUGAAAAUUAGUGCAGAAUGUUUUGAUCUCAUUUUGCAAUUUAUGUAUUUAGGAAAAAUUAUGACAGCUCCCUCCAGUUUUGAGCAGUUUAAAGUGGCAAUGAACUACCUACAGCUGUACAAUGUUCCUGACUGCUUAGAAGACAUACAGGACUCAGAUUGUUCUAGUUCAAAAUGUUCAUCUUCUGCUUCCAGCAAGCAGAACAGCAAAAUGAUAUUUGGGGUAAGAAUGUAUGAAGAUACUGUGGCUAGAAAUGGCAAUGAAGCCAACAGGUGGUGUGCUGAGCCAAGUUCAACAGUAAAUACACCACAUAAUAGAGAGCCUGAUGAAGAGUCUUUACAAUUAGGUAAUUUUCCUGAACCAUUAUUUGAUGUAUGUAAAAAAAGUUCUGUGUCCAAAUUAUCUACUCCAAAAGAACGUGUGUCACGACGCUUUGGACGGAGUUUUACCUGUGAUAGCUGUGGAUUUGGCUUUAGCUGUGAAAAAUUAUUAGAUGAGCAUGUGCUAACCUGUACUAACAGACAUUCAUACCAAAACACAAGAUCUUACCACAGAAUAGUAGAUAUCAGAGAUGGAAAAGACAAUAACAUCAAAGCUGAAUUUGGUGAAAAGGAUUCUUCUAAAACAUUUUCAGCACAGACAGACAAAUACAGAGGAGACACAAGCCAGGCUGCUGAUGAUUCAGCUUCAACCACCGGAAGCAGAAAGAGUAGCACAGUGGAGUCUGAAAUGGCCAAUGAAGAAAAAAGCAGAGCUGCUGAGAGGAAAAGAAUCAUCAUCAAGAUGGAGCCAGAAGAUAUUCCUACAGAUGAACUAAAAGACUUUAACAUCAUUAAGGUUACUGAUAAAGACUGUAACGAGUCCACUGACAAUGAUGAAUUAGAAGAUGAACCUGAAGAGCCAUUUUAUAGAUACUAUGUUGAAGAAGAUGUCAGCAUUAAAAAAAGUGGUAGGAAAACUCUAAAACCUCGCAUGUCCAUAAACACCAAUGAGAGUGGUGGUUUAGAAAGUAUCAGGCCCCCUAACAAUAGCAGUCCAGUACAAGAGGAUACUGAAAACGCAUCUUGUGAGCUGUGUGGCCUCACAAUAACUGAGGAGGACCUGUCAUCUCAUUACUUAGCCAAACACAUUGAAAAUAUCUGUGCGUGUGGUAAAUGUGGACAAAUACUUGUCAAGGGUAGACAGCUUCAGGAACAUGCGCAAAGAUGUGGAGAACCCCAAGAUCUGACAAUGAACGGGUUAGGAAAUACUGAGGAGAAAAUGGACAUGGAGGAGAAUCCUGACGAGCAGUCUGAAAUAAGAGAUAUGUUUGUUGAAAUGUUGGAUGAUUUCAGGGACAAUCAUUACCAGAUAAACAGUAUCCCCAAAAAGCAGUUAUUUAAACAUUCAGCCUGUCCUUACCGAUGUCCUAAUUGUGGCCAGCGUUUUGAAACUGAAAACCUCGUGGUUGAACAUAUGUCUAGCUGCCUAGAUCAAGAUGUGUUUAAGAGUGCCAUGAUGGAAGAAAAUGAAAGAGAUCACAGACGAAAGCAUUUUUGUAAUCUGUGUGGAAAAGGAUUUUAUCAGCGGUGUCAUUUAAGGGAACACUAUACUGUCCAUACAAAGGAAAAACAGUUUGUUUGUCAGACAUGUGGAAAGCAAUUUUUAAGAGAACGUCAGUUGCGACUGCACAAUGACAUGCACAAAGGCAUGGCCAGGUAUGUCUGUUCCAUUUGUGAUCAAGGAAACUUCAGAAAACAUGACCAUGUACGGCAUAUGAUUUCUCAUUUAUCUGCUGGUGAGACUAUAUGCCAGGUCUGCUUUCAGAUAUUCCCAAAUAAUGAACAGUUGGAGCAGCACAUGGAUGUUCAUCUGUAUACAUGUGGAAUAUGUGGAGCAAAAUUUAAUUUGAGGAAAGAUAUGAGAUCACAUUAUAAUGCCAAGCAUUUGAAAAGAACCUAAGUGAUUUUUCUACUGUAUUAAUGUUUAGAUGAUAGCAGACAAAACACCAAAGCUAAGGAUGAUAUGGCUAUUUAGAAAUUGAUUUUAUAAGAUGAAUUGUUGGAAGAAAUCUCAAGGCCCUUUUACCUUUAAUAUUUUUGUUUAGGAUCUUAAGUAUUUACAUUUUAGGUGUUAAAUGUUUAUCAUUUUUAUUGUUUCUUAAUAGAAUUCAUUGUUUUUAGUUUUUCUUAGCUAUGAUUAAAAUUACUUUUAAUUGUAGACAAGUGGUUGUUACCCCUUCAAUGAUUAUUAAACUUUAGUUUUUUAUCAAUAAGG